AUGACCGGGCAAUGUGUACAUUGUUCCACAUUGCCGAAAAAGCAAAUGCAAAUGAAUAUGACGUCAAUUAAAGUUUACUGCCGGCUGAAGCCGUCAAGAGAUCUAAUAAAAUAUGAAAUUAUAGCAAAAAAGCAUAUACUGAUGUACUCGCAUGACAGAAAAAUGGAAAAAUUCCAGUUUUUGUCUGGUACAAAUGGCACCAUCUUUGCAUAUGGACAGACUGGAAGUGGUAAGUCACAUACGAUAUAUGGAUCCAGAAAAGAUGCAGGGAUAAUUCCUAGAUCUUUCAAAUACUUAUUUGACAAUAAGUCAGCCAUUAAAUCUACAGAAGAACGUGAAAUUUUCUCAAUGUCAUAUUUUGAAAUUUAUAACGAAAUAGUUUAUGAUUUAUUACCAUCAACAAAAAGUAGACAAAUUAAAAAAUCAAAUGUUAACAAUAAAAACCUGGGACUUAAUGAUAUUGUGCGUUUCACCGUCAACAAAAAAGGAGACGUUGAUUUCAAGAACUUGAAUAUAAUUAAAGUUAAAAAUGUUUCCGAAGCUUUAAAACUCCUUACAUCUGGUAACGCAAAACGACAAGUAUCAUCUACGUCAAUGAACAAUCAGUCCAGUCGGUCUCAUUGUAUUUGCAGAAUUGAGUAUUCAAAUAAGACAAAUGGAACCAAAUCAAAUGAAAUAGUUCUUAACUUGGUUGAUUUAGCAGGUUCUGAAUGCAUUUCAAAGAUGAACAACGACAAGAAAACUAUUGCUGAGUCCCGAUACAUAAAUUUAUCACUGAUGCAUUUGCAUCAGGUUAUAAAUUGUUUGGCAAAUCCUGUUCAACCGAUCCACGUGCCUUACCGUAACUCGGCUAUUACGAAGUUGCUAAAAGGUUCAUUGGGAUUCAACUGUGCAACCGCAAUGAUCACCACAAUAGUACUAAAUUAUAGAAGUAUUGUGGAAUCUACAUAUACUUGUAAAUAUGCUAGAGAUGUUUCUGGCAUUAAACCUAUUGUGAAAUCCGAGAUCCGGAAAAAAAGUGUCAAAUUGCUAGUAGCUAAAACAGUUGACUUGUUGGGUGAUAAAGUGGGAGAUUCUGUUCAUAAUGACAAACAUGUAACGAAUUGUGGGACCCAGACUGUGGUUAUAAGCAGUAACGUCCCUGGGUUCGGCGUUAUAGCAGAUAUGCAAUUUGGUGUCAAAAGCGUUCUGAGAGUCGCGAAGGUGGAUAAUGACCAUGGAAAUAGUGAUAAUCAGAUGAUCAAG